AUGGCUACUUCAACGGCUAAGGGUAAGUUUGUUUUAAGAACCUGGAAUGCUAGAAGUGUUAAAGGGAAGUUAGGGGAGCUUAAGGAAGCAAUAAAAAAAUUUGAUAUACUAGGUGUCACUGAAACCUGGCUCAAAAAUAAAGACAGACUCGUGAUUCCGGGUUUUGACGUAGUCAGAGGCGAUUUGAAAGAGGAUAAACAGGGUGGGGGUUUAGCCUUCAUAAUUGAUAGAGGGAUAAAAUAUACAAUAAGAAAAGAUCUGAAGUGGAAGGGUACGGGUAGAGAAAUCCUUGGCAUAUCAGUAGACUUUAAUAAGAGCACAUGGGAUAUUAUUCUUAUAUAUAGAAGACCAGGGGGGAGAUGGUUAAAAGAGGAUUGGACAGGGUUAUUUAAGAAUAAAAGACAGGGUGUAGAAACAAUUUUUAUGGGGGACUUUAAUGCUAGAAAUAAGGUUUGGAAUUGUGCGGUGGAUAGUAGGGAGGGAUUAUUGUUGGAGGAGGUAACCAGGGAAAACGAUUUGUUUAUUGUUAAUACCUUUACAAAUUCGAGAAUUGGAACAGGUGGUAGGCCACCCUCAAGUAUAGAUUUAUUUAUUGGGUCACAUUAUGUAACGGAAACUGCAACAAUAAUCGAAGAAAAUGAGACUAUGGGGUCAGACCAUCAGGUUUUAACUUUGGUUCUGGGGAAUGAAGAGUUACAAAGAAUAAGAGAAGUUAAAAAUUCCACUAGAAAGUUUAGAGAGGAUAAAAUAAACUGGGACCUUUUCUCCAUCGCUACAGAGGAGGAGGCCGAAAGAUUGAUAGAAAGGUGGGGAGAGGGAGAACAAAAGGAUAUGGUGGUGGUUGUAGAGGAUAGGUGCAAGGAUUUCACAGCGGCUAUAAGCAAUGCUAUCAGGAAAUCAGGAGGUGCCAAGGAGGAGGAGGAGGAUACUAGUAGGAGAAGGAAGAAGAGGACUAAGUUUGAUAGGACUAAGCAAAAAAAACAACUGUGGUGGGACGAGGAAUGCAACGAAGCAAAAAGAACUAGGAGAAAAGCGGUCCAAGCUUUUGUUAAGAGACCAAACCAGGAUAAUUGGAUCAAGAUGAGGGAUGUUGGAAAACAAAUGAAAAAAUUAAUAGAAGAAAAGAAAACCUGUGCAUGGGAUGAAUUCGCUGCAUCCAUUGACUGCCACACAAGCGCCACCGAGGCCUGGCAGAAAAUUAAACAAAUCAAAAAUGGUAUUGGUAGAACAGGGUGUAGAAAUAUUAACGAGAUAGAAAUGAACAAGCUAGAAGAUCAGGAAAUAGAAAAAAUUUUGUCGCAUAAUCUAAACUUAGGUAUAGGGGAUAGAUGA